AUGCAGGGUUCAGGAAGAGAAUGCUGGGAAAACUCUCCACAUAUGGAUCUGUGCGAUCCUUAUUCUCGCGAACGUCUCGCUCAAAGAUCUGUCGAACGAGAGACUGAACGCACCUCCGACAGGCGCGCACUGUAUCCCGCCGAUGAGGGCAUAAUCUACCAAGAGGCACAACCAAGCUUAAACGACAGCGAAUUUGGCCGCGUCGACCCCACGGGCUGGUACCCGCAUUACAGAGAAUGUGUACAGUUCUUUCUCGAGCGAAGCCAGUAUAUCCCCUCAGUACAGUCCGUGGCAGCUUUUAUCAAUAUCCGUCUACCCUGUCAGUUGCCCGCUGACAGCGCCGCAUCCGCAUCCGCAUCCGCCUCCACAUCCACAUCAACACCAUACGUCUCUCUACGACCCUACGUCCGUCGCUUGAUCGUGACAGCACAGGACUCCCCCGUUACCAUGCGCACCUUCUUCGGUGACAAUUGGGAAGCAGGAGUAGGUUGCAUUUACAAACAAGAACGUAUCAACUAUCUUUUCACAGCGAAGAGUAGUGGGUGGGCAUCUACUAAAACAAACUACGAUAUGUCGCCUGAUGAACAAACUCCAUUCUUGCGCCCGCUCCGAGAUCCUUCCGAAGAAGAAAUCCGGGCUGCGGAGGCGCGCUGGAGUGAAUGGCUGGCUAUGGAGGAUUGGAUGGUGGGGGCUCGGAGCCCCUGGUAA